AAAAAACACCCUGGUGUGCGGGUAUGUGCCAAGGUCGUCAUCUGACAUAAAACCAGCGUAUCCAACAGAUAAUUCAUCAUUGUGUCACCAUGAGACCUUCUGCGCUCCUCACUCUGGUCCUAGCAGCGUCGGUAGUCUCUGGCCACCCCCAGGGCAGAAAUCUCCUGCAGUUCAGGUCGAUGAUUAAAUGCACGAUACCUAACAGCAAACCUCUGGAUCAUUAUAACGACUACGGAUGCUACUGCGGACUGGGGGGCUCGGGUACACCCGUGGAUGACCUGGACAUAUGCUGUCAAAUUCAUGAUAAUUGCUAUAGUGAAUACAAGACUGCCGCCAACUGUAAUGCGAUCUUUGACAACCCGUACAUGGAAUUCUAUUCGUAUACGUGCGCCGAUAACAAAGUGACCUGCAACAGCGAUAACAACCCAUGUGAGAUGCAUAUCUGCGAAUGCGAUCGUAAAGCAGCCCUCUGCUUCUCUCAAGCAACUUACAACGAGGAACACAAAAACCUGGAUAAGACCAAGCACUGUCAGUGAUGGAGUCUGGAUACCCAGAAUCAGAGUGCCCCGCCAUAAAAACUCUGCCAGGAAGCUCCUCUGGUACUGAGGAAUCACUUGAUCGUUUGAAACCCUCUUCUCUGACCCUAGACCCAAAAGACUCAAUUUAAUUUUUUUACAUUUCUGCCCGCUACAUUUGUACCCAUUCCCUGGGAUCCUCAGUAUCUUCAGGUUCUGGGCUUUAAAAGCAUUUCAAGAAGCUGCCAUUAAGCUCAGAAAAUCACACCCUUGCGAAGGUGUAAGAAGAAAUCAAAUUUGGUCUAGUGCUUAAAUAGUUUUUCCUAGUUAGAGAUACCCACGGAAAUAUAUCUAGUAUAUGUUGUAGUGUUAAAUCCACCCCAUUUAAGAUAUGUGGUAUGUAUAGCAAAUAAAACAAAAAUAAACAAAAUUGUAUGAAUCAC